CUAUUUAAACCACUACACGGAACCGCCGCUCAACCAGUUUAGCCAGUGCUGUUCAUCCAAAAAAAAAAACAACUAAACAUUUAGUCCUCAGUUGCUUCGCGUAAUACGCUCCAGCAUCAUGUCAUCCGGCAGCAAAAAGAUCACUCCGCUGUUCAACGACUAUCUGUACGGGGCGAUCCGGCGAAUUGCCACCGAGCAGGGAUUCACGCCGGAUUUGUUUUCGGUGGAUUUCGACGAGGAAAGUUGCAUCGAAUGCAACGGGUUCGUGAGUUUCGUGUUCAAGGCCAUCAUCAACGGAGACGACCGGGAGCUGGUGCUGUGGUGCAAGGUACCCCCGAAUGACGACCAGCGAUCGAUGGAUUUGUUCCGGCGUGAAGUUCACUUCUACCGUGAGAUUCUGCCUGCAUUCUAUCGAUUUCAAAAGGAAAAAGGAAUAAGCGAAGAUUCAGAUGAGGGAUUUUUUAGUGCACCCAAGUGUUAUCUAGCACACUGCGAUACGGAUAAGGCUGAACCCGAGGCUGCUAUUGUGCUGGCUUAUGAUGAGAGCUACGAGCGGUGGGACUGGGACAAGCUGGAACCGAUCAAUGUUGAACACGCGAAGCUAUUGAUGCGUCAGCUCGGACGGUUACAUGCCAUCACGUUUGCUCUGAAGGAACAGAAGCCGGAAGUUUUUGAGCAAUUUAAGUUGAAAGAUGUGCUGGUACCGAACAGUGAUUUGGUGUCUCUUAUGAAGGAAUCAUUUGACCGAGCUUUGGUCACCAUGAGGACUAGGUUUGCCGCAGAACAGGAGCAGAUUCAGCGGAUAAAGGAAGCGGUCUUUCAAAUGCUGACAGCUUGUGCAGAUCCGGUGAAAUCAGAGCCAUAUUGCGUCGUUAGUCAUGGGGAUUGCUGGAUCAAUAAUUUGAUUUAUGGGCAUGAUGAGAACAACGUCGCCACCAGCCUCACAUUCACCGAUUGGCAAUCGUCCCGGUAUGCUAGCCCACUGCUGGACCUGGGCUAUUUCUUCUUUCUCUGCACUGGAGCUCAGUUCCGCAAGGACCACUUGGAUGACCUGCUGCAGCACUAUCACAGCUCAGUGAAGGACUUGUUGGAUCGGUUGGGUGAAGACACCGCCCGCCAGUUCCCCCUCACCAAUCUGCACCGGUUGAUGAAACCGUUCCGAGAGUUGCUCCUCGGUGACUGCUGACCACCACCACCACUGGCACGUGAUGAUCCUUCAUUGGCAACGAAUUCAAAAUCGGGGAAAGGUGGUGGAAUAAUAAGUUAUAAGAAAAUUCUUCCAUUUUGCUUUGACAGCCAUAAAUUUGACCGGACUCGGAAAAUUGUUUGGAAA